AUGUACUCUUCAUUGGGAGCAGGCGGCUCUGCCAAUUCUUGGGGAAUUCCCAACUACUCUUCCAAUAGUGGCAGUGGCAGUGGCAGUGGCAGCUAUGGCAGAUUACAAGCUUUUGAAAUGGAUGACUACCGCAGCAAUGGUAGCAGUGGUACCGGUAGCAGCAGUAGGAGUUACUAUGGAGGAGGAAGAGGAGGAGUCCAAAAGCCCCACUGGCAAAAGUUGGUUUUGGUGGGAGUCAUUGUGGGAACCAUUAGUUUGGGGAUCUUCUUCAGGUCUUCCUCCACUGAUACCAGUACUACCAGUACUACCACUAGUAUGGCUGCUGAGUCCAGCUCUGAUUAUCCAUCUUAUCCAUCCUACAGUUCCAAUAAUAACCAAGAUACCUAUGGAUUGAGAGGAAACAACUACCAGUACAACAACAAUAAUAAUGGAAAUGGAAAUGAAAAUGAAAAUGAAAAAUACCAUCAGAACCAAAACAACAACAACAACAACAACUAUGACCAUCACCAUGACCAUGACCAUGAUGGUUUCCAUAACCCCAACAACCCACAUGACAAACAACAGCCACACCAUCCCCAUGACCAACACCCAUUUGAUCUCAACAGUCCAAACAACUGGAAUCCAAGUAAUAAGCCACACAAUCAACCACAUGAUAAUCCAUGGGAUCCUGUAUACAACAACAAUCCUGCUCACCCAGUCAUUCAACUGGAUCCUGAACCUACCAUUACCAAUACCAACACCAACAUUCAUCCCGCUGAAACCAUCCAAAACAGUAACAAUAACAUUGACAUUAAUCUGCAUCCUCCUCAAAAUGUUGUUCAAAUCAAUUCCACCAAACCAUCCCAUGUACCCAACAAAUUGGCUCCUUACAACACUGAGACUACAACCACUUCCACAACCACAACUACAACUACAACUGAAAUCCCUCCACCUGAAUACACACACAACAAAAACGGCAAUUUGACCUUUGAAAUCAUUCCAGACCAGGAAUCACAGUCACAGACUCAACAAGCAGAAGGAACUGAAGAGGAAUCGGAAGAAGAAGAGGAAUCUGAUGAGGAAGAAAGCGAAAGUGUAAGCGAAGAAGAAGAAGAAGCUGAAGACGAGUGGGAAGACGAAGAAGAAGAAGAAACAUCCACAGAAACCGAGACUACGACAGAGGGUGGACAAGAUGUCACCACAACCACAACGACCAAAGAAGAAGGAAACGAAUGGUUCGUUGAAACCACCACCACGGCACAGACAGAAAAGAAUGGAAACAUUACCGUUACUCGUGCGUCUCCUCAGGACGAGGUCCAAGAACACUUGGUCGACAGCAACAGCAACAAAGACUACGAUCCCGCGUCCGAAUUGCAAAUGCCUUCCAAAGCGAACGUACAACAACAGCAACAGCAAUCGCCUGAACCAGAAGGAUCCGAUAGUGACGAGGAAGGCGGAGACAGCAAUGAGCAGUCGGAAACUGAACAAGACGAGACAGACGAGAGUUCGGGUGGAAAAUGGUUUGAAGGAGGUGCCGAGCCUGCAGGCGACAACACCAACCACGAACAACAACAAGACGAAGCAGUGGAGACGGAAUCGACAGAAGAACAAGAGGCGGAUAACGAAGCUCCGAUUGUAUACGAAGGAGAAGACGGGAAAGAGCUUGACAUGAUUGGACAAACCGGAUACGAUCUCGUAGAGGAAACGGAGGAAACUCCCAAGGUAGACGUCGAACCAGCUGACAACCAAAACGAUGAAGCACCGGAAGACGGCGAAAUAGAAGAAGAGCCCGUAGUGGAGGUCGAGGUGCCGGAGAAACCACAGCAAGACGAAAAACAACAACAACAAGCAGGCGACCAAGACGCUUCCGAAACCGAACAAGAUGUCGAAAAGGAAGAAGAAGAGUCGGAGAACAAACCCGCCGACAAGAAAGCGUCACUGGAGGCCCAGAGCGAAGUUAUCGAGGAAGAAAUUGAGGAGCUUGACCAGGAGCUCCAACAGAAUGGAAUCGGAGGAGAAGAUGGUCAAAAAGCGGAAGAAUCAUUGGCCGCAGCUUUGCAAGAUCUGGACACACUCGACGAAGAACUGGAGCAAGAGCUUGAAGGACUAGACGAGCUCGAUGAAGAAGGAGAAGAUGGAAACGAGGAUGGUCAAGGCGAGGACGAAUCUUUGGCCGCAGCGCCGGAAGAUCUCGGAACACUCGAAGAAGAACUGGAGCAAGAGUUUGAAGAACAAGACGAGCUGGACGAAGAAGGAGAAGACGAGGACGAAGAUGGAGACGAAGACGGAGGCGAAGACGAAGAUGGGGGUGGCCGAAACUAG